GUGACGCUGUCGGCGGAUUUGCUCUUCGACUUCAUCUUGCCUCGGUUCGACCACAUGUACCAGUCAAAGAAAAACCUGAAGAUCGAAUCUAAGGGCUCAAGGUACGAGAUUGGCGACUUUGUGGUCAAGAUCGGCACGGUGACCAUGAGCGGCCAUUACAAGGGAAUACUCGUUGAGGUCAGAACCGGUUCCACGACAUCCACGCGGCCCAGGACACGGUGCAACAGUACGUCGAGAAGUUCAACGAGUUUCGAGACGGCAGCACGUACUCGGGGUCGCAGGCCAACGCACCGAACUCGUAG